AUGUCCAGCAUCACCGGUCUCGGCCGUGCUGGUCACGACGCGGACGUCAAACUCGCCAGCGAAGAACAGCUUUCAGCCAUUCGCAGAAUGGCUCAGAUCGUCGCGCGUAUCUUUUACGAGGAUCGACACAUUGUCCUUAUGGAUCAACUCGUCAGCAUCACUGUGCUUCCUGCCGAUGUCCUUGCGCAUCGCCUCGGCAUCCAGGUCAAGGAGCUCGCGGCUCUUUCGUCAAAGCUGUUGGAGGACAAGCUAAUCUGUACCUUCCGCAGGAACGAAAUCAGAGACACCAUCACGAACCGUAGCGUUCCACGCACCUACUACUAUCUCGACUUCAAGCUCUUCCUCGAUGUCACAAAAUGGCGCAUGAUGUCAAUCCGUAAAAAGAUCGAUACUCGUCUGCGCAACGAGCUCGACAACAAGGGUUACGUCUGCCCGCGCUGCAAAAUGUCCUACUCCACCCUCGAGGUAGCGCAUUUGCUCGACAUCUCCCGCAACGUCUUUGUAUGCGAGACUCCCGGCUGCAACACCGAGCUCGUUGACAACGAAGAGGCCGAGGACGUCAAGAGAAGCAAGGACAGCCUGAUGCGUUUCAACGAGCAGCUCUCCACCUUGCUUGGAGGUCUUCGUCGCACCGAGGGGAUCACUUUACCUCCUCUCGAUGUGGGUGCGUGGCUUGCAAAGCACGCUGCCUCUCAGCCAUGGUUCGCCGCCAGGUCCGAAGAUGCCUCUUCCGCGCCCUCCGUGUCGACCGUCAACGGCGCGCCAGCUCUGCAGGUCGACCUCGCUUCGAACGAUCCGGCAGCCGAGGCGGCUCGCCGAUUAGCCAAGCAGAAAGCCGAAGACGAACAACGAAAGCAGAAUGCUCUGCCAGCAUGGCAUCUUGCCAGUACCGUCAGUGGCGAGCAGACGGCGUUGGGUCGCAAGCAGCAGCACUUUCAAUCGUCGAAUGGCCUUGACGUUGACGAGGGCAAAGACGACGAGGAUGGCGACGAUGACGACUACUACGCGCAAUACGCCAGCCUGCAGACAGCAGAGGCAGCAGCAGCAGCGCCAUCACCGUCGCCGACAAAAGCCAGCCAAGCAUUCUCAGUGGACGAGGAAGAGUUUGACGACUUUGAGCCCGUCACUCAGCUAUCCACCGAGGCGAGCACACAGCGAAAGCGAACACGAUCCGCGUCAGUCGCCAGCGAUGCCGACAACAAGCGUGCCAAGCCAAUGGCGUCGCAAGAGAACGGACAUGCGAACGGAAGCACGGCUGCGACGGCUGCGACGGCAGCGACGGCAGCGGACGGCGCUCGCGAUGGCGGUGAUGACGACGAGGAUGGCAUGGACGAUUUUGAGGAUGUCGUGUAG